AUGAGUCAGAUUCUGGCAAACAGAAACCAUGCCAGAGAGAAACAAAAGUGGGACCACUUCACUCUUUUGGGCUUCUCAGAUUUGCCAGAACUGCAAAUCCCCCUCUUCUUGAUUUUUCUGGCCAUCUACAGUGUCACUGUUUUAGGGAAUAUUGGGAUGAUUGUAAUAAUCAAAAUUAACCCCAAACUGCACACCCCUAUGUACUUUUUCCUCAGUCACCUCUCAUUUGUGGAUUUCUGCUAUUCCUCCAUCAUUGUUCCCAAGACCCUGGUGAACUUAGUUGUGGAAGACAGAAGCAUUUCAUUUAUAGGAUGUGUAGUACAAUUCUUUUUCUUUGGUACCUUUGCAGUAACUGAAUCCUUUUUAUUAGCUGUGAUGGCCUAUGACCGCUUUGUGGCCAUUUGUAACCCUCUGCUCUACACAGUCGCUAUGUCACAGAAGCUCUGUACCAUGCUAGUUGCUGGAUCAUAUGUAUGGGGAGUAGCUUGUUCCUUGAUACUCACAUCUUCUGCCAUCAAAUUAUCAUUUCAGGGUCCCAACACAAUUAAUCAUUUCUUCUGUGAAUUCUCCUCAUUACUGUCCCUCUCUUGCUCUGAUAUUUAUGUCACCCAGUUGCUGCUUUUCAUUUUUUCCACCUUUAAUGGGGUCAGCACAUUACUCGUCAUUCUCACGUCUUAUGUAUUUAUUGUUGUAACCAUUCUCAAGAUGCAUUCAGCCAGUGAGCACCGCAAAGCCUUCUCCACCUGUGCUUCCCACAUGACUGCCAUCUCCAUCUUCCAUGGCACCAUCCUCUUCCUCUACUGUGUGCCCAACUCCAAAAACUCCAGGCACACAGUCAAAGUGGCCUCUGUGUUUUACACAGUGGUGAUCCCAAUGUUGAAUCCUCUGAUAUACAGUCUGAGAAAUAAGGAUGUCAAAGAUACAGUCAGCAAAAUAAUGCACGCUAAAGUUUUUUCUUAUUGA